UUCACAUGAAGGUUUUUGUCGUUUUUGUCUUGGCAAUUGCCGCCGUUUCUGCUGAAGUCCUGCCCAAGGACACUCCAGAACAUCCCCGUGAUAGCCCAGCUAUUUCGUCCUUAGAUGGUCGCAUUACCAAUGGAAAGAAGGCAGCUGCUAACCAGUUUCCCUACCAGGUGGGACUUAGUUUCAAAAGCUCCGCCGGCAGUUGGUGGUGCGGUGGUUCGAUCAUAGCAAAUAAAUGGGUUCUAACUGCUGCCCAUUGUACCAAAGGAGCCUCUUCUGUGACCAUCUACUAUGGAUCCACGGUUCGCACCAGUGCCAAACUGAAGAAAAAGGUCUCCAGCUCCAAGUUUGUGCAGCAUGCCAGUUACAAUGAGGCCUCUUUGCGCAACGACAUCUCCCUGAUCAAGACUCCAUCCGUGACUUUCACGGCUUCCAUCAAUAAGAUUGCCCUGCCCGCCAUCGCCAGCAGCUACUCCACAUACGCCGGACAGACGGCAGUGGCCUCCGGAUGGGGCAGUACCUCCGAUUCCACCAUUGCCGCUGUCACGAACCUUCAAUAUGCUGAACUUCAGGUCAUUACCAACGCUGUGUGUCAGCAGACCUUUGGCUCAUCAGUGGUCACCAGUGGAGUGAUCUGCGUGGCCUCCAGCAACAAAAAGUCGACCUGUCAAGGCGACUCUGGCGGUCCUUUGGCUUUGAACAAUAGGCUAAUUGGAGUGACUUCGUUUGUGUCCUCGAAGGGAUGUGAGAAAAAUGCCCCUGCUGGUUUCACUCGCGUCACCAGCUAUCUGGAUUGGAUCAAGAGCAAGUCCGGCGUUUUUUAUUAGCCUUAAUUCAGAACAAGAACAAUAGAGAACGAUUCAGUCUGGUCCCUCGACUAUCAGA